CCCAGGCUUAGCAGAGCCUAGCGCUUCUUUAAGCCAAUGUAGCGUGUUGUGAUAAGAGUCACUCUUGUGAUAAGCUAUAGAAACUCCAGCCUUUAGGUUCCUGAGAAUGGUGUGGUCUUAGUUAAUAGAAUUAGACGUGCAGAAAUCAUAAGCUAUUCGUUGCUUGUUUAUUACAGAGUCGUAUAAGAACUAGAAUGAGUGAUAUCGAAGGCCCAGGGACCACGACUACACAGGCUAGAACAGAAUUAAAUCUUUUACAAGGUAACCACGAGUGUGAGGUAUCCUUUAACGGUGAGGCAGGCCUACAUGUGUAUCGCAGUAGAUGCACCAAGAACCCUAAUCACUCGAAGUUUAUCCCGUUACCCAGCUUCACCGCCUCUGACCUCCCUUUGCAAUACGGCGACGAGGACAUUGUUCAGACCGUGAAGCUGAACGCAUCUCUCACUGUGAGGAUAUGCUGUACUCAGACCAGCUUGGACAGACCGCAGUUCUUCGCAGACGACUUGCAACCGUUCCCUUUCUAUAACUACCAAGGGAGGCCCUUAACGCGGACGGGAACAGGACGGGCCUGGAGCACCCGGGUGUUUAAAGACUCUGACAACACACCUUGCCCAUGCUCCAAAUGCACCGGAGUCGGAAACAAAACAUGGGGUCGAGUUUCAGUCUACACCGCUCGGCAUGUCGUCUUCGACAAGCACGAAGCUCGAAACACGAGCUGCCGAUUCGGCUAUGACAGUGAGGAACAUUUACGGGACGGUUUGACUGUUGAUCUGGAGGGGGUAGAUAUCGGCGUGGCUGAUCACCAUGGAGACGUGUGUGAAAUCAUUUGCGUCACCCACGACGUGGGAUUAGUCGAAAAGAUAACACAAGCUAGAAUCAGUCUGAUGAAGCUGAACGCAAAGAUCUACAACAAAUACCGGAUGGCAGGGGAUGAACACAGGCUGGUCAUCAUAGUCUCCCAUCCUCACGGGUGUUCGAAGCAGGUGACUGUCGGGGAAUGGACUGCUAAAAAUUCUGUCAGAGAAGCAGAAACUGCGUACACUUAUACCACAGACACCUGCCCAGGGAGCAGCGGGGCUGCUGUUUACAUUUUAGGGCGGCUGGGCGUCGGAUUCUGUCACUUACACAGUGGUAGUACCAAUCAGGGUAACGUUAGUGGGUACUGGAUGAAUUAAUGAACUCACGAAAUAGUGAAUUAUGAAUUAAUGGAAAUACUAGUACGCUGCCACGCUACGGAGCAUAACAUUUGGAAAUGGAUAUUGGAUUCAAUAAAUUAAUUACUUGAUCAUUAAUUACUAAUGGUGUCAACACAACCACGCCUUCCAUAAUAAACGUAUAUUACAAUGUGUUGUUAGUCUUUUUGUUGGGUUAUGAU